CUUAAAACAGGUGAUAGCUUUCAAUUUCUACUCCAGUCCUAAUCUUGGAUACCAGCAAACAUGUCCAACAUUGUGGACAGAGACCUCGAAAAGGCCGAGCGCGACGCCAGCCCAAGCCGCUUCCCACCGCAAUCGCCAGACCAGCGCGAAGCUCUCGCACGCACCGUUACCACCUCCUCGACCUCCUCAUCCAGCUCCGAUGGCUCGUCAGUCGCACGGGAAGAAAUUGGCAUGUCGAGGUUGCGGACCCAGCCAGACGAUAACACGGACCUUGAGAGACACCAAACUGCGCUGAGUCGCAUACAAACUGCACGGAGUCAACACAGUGCAACUGUCGGCGCAAGCCUCAAGUCGCGACAGUCGAGGAAACCGCUGCCGGAGUUUGGAGGUGGGAAACCGUUCCCACCUCCGCUGCCAGCGCAGGAGGAAUAUGUGGUGGAGUUUGAUGGCGUGGAUGAUCCGUUGCAUGCGCAGAAUUGGCCUUUGAAGAAGAAGCUAUACACGGCUGUGAUGCUUGGAUAUACAACUCUGACUGCAGCAUUCGGUAGUUCAAUCUUCAGCGCCGCAACUCGAACAGUAGCAGGCAAAUUUGGGGUAUCCACAGAAGUCGGUGUACUAGGAGUAUCGCUUUAUGUUCUGGGCUUCGCAACUGGCCCUAUAUUAUGGGCACCAUUCUCUGAGCUAAAAGGACGUCGUUUACCUUUGGUCCUCGCCUCAUUUGGAUUCGCCAUCUUUUCCGUGGCCGUGGCUGUCGCAAAAGACCUUCAGACAGUGUUGAUAUGCCGGUUUUGGAGCGGCUUCUUUGGUGCGUGUCCAUUGACUUGCGUCGCAGCCGUCUUCUCAGACAUGUUCAACAACCGCACCCGCGGCAUCGCCAUAACCGUUUUCUCCAUGACGGUCUUUACCGGCCCGCUCUUAGCUCCCUUCAUCGGCGGCUUCAUCACAAUGUCCCACCUCGGCUGGCGCUGGACCGAAUACAUCGUCUCCAUCAUGGGCUUCCUCGCCUUCGGCCUCAACCUUUUUUUCCUGGAAGAAACCUACCCGCCCGUCAUCCUCGUCGAGAAAGCAGAGGAGCUCCGCCGGCGCACCAAGAACUGGGGCAUCCACGCCAAACAAGAGGAAAUCGAAGUCGACCUACGCGAGCUGGUGGAGAAGAACUUCUCGCGCCCGCUCAGGAUGCUGGUAACUGAGCCCAUCGUACUUCUUCUUUCUCUAUACAUGGCCUUUAUCUACGGGCUCUUGUACCUCUUCCUCACCGCCUACCCCAUCGUCUUCCAGCGCAUCCACGGCAUGAACCUCGGCGUUGGCGGGCUCCCUUUCUUCGGCAUGAUCACAGGCCAGCUGCUCGCGGGGCUCUUCAUCGUCCUGCGCCAGCCCGGCUACCAGAAGAAACUCGCCGCGAACAACGACGUGCCAGUUCCCGAGUGGCGGCUGCCCGAGGUCAUCAUCGGCGGCGCCGCCUUCGCCAUCGGGCUGUUCUGGUUCGGGUGGACGGGGUAUAAAGAAGACAUCCACUGGAUCGUGCCGACGCUGAGCGGCAUCCUGACGGGCUUCGGGCUGUUGUCGAUUUUCUUGCAGGCGCUGAAUUACCUCGUCGAUGCCUAUUUGAUGUUCGCUGCCUCUGCAAUUGCUGCUAAUACCUUCCUCCGCUCGCUCUGCGGUUGCAUAUUCCCCCUCUUCGCAACCUACAUGUUCGAUGGCAUGGGCGUCGAAUGGGCCGCCACGCUGCUCGGCUGCAUCGCGGCCCUCUUGGUCCCCGUGCCCAUCUGGUUCUACUACCGCGGCGCGAAGAUUAGGGAGAAGUCGCAGUUUGCGCCCACGCCGAAGCCGAUUGGGUCGGCUGAGUAGGCAUGGUGUGGCUUUUUCUUUUUUUUAAGGUGGCCUUGGGUUUGGAUUUGCGUGGAAAAGCUUUAAUAAGGCGGAUGCGAUACGGCUUUGGAUACCCGAGUGGAGAUUUGGAUGGAGGAGUAAUGAGGCGAUGGUGAUGGUUUAUACCGCUGGAGGCAUGGAGCGAAUAGCUUGAUAGCAUAUGUGUAAUCGCAGUCCUAACGCCAAUUUGGACUUCUGCCUGAACUCGCGUUUCUGAAAAUGUUAGCUGGCACUAUGGAUACCUAUAGAGAGGCGAAGUAGGGUUCCGUAAACUUAGUUGCCGCUGUGUGGGACGAUAUCUUUCAAGUUAGAAAACACAAGAUGAACAUGUGAUGCUCCU